AUGUCCGACCGACGCAGCGAGUCUCGUGGCCGCUCGCGUACACCCACACCACCCGCAACCGCCGCCGACGACGAUGCGCGACAAUCACGCGACAACAACGCUCCCGUCCUCAAUGGCAGCGGCAUCAAGUCUCGCACACCCUCACGAACACCAUCUCGCCGAAGCGCCAGCUACUCCCGCAGUAGAUCACCACGAGGUCGCUCGCGCAGUGCCAGUCGCCCAAAUCGUCCUCGCUCCGCCAAAAUCGUCAUCGAAAAGCUCACCAAGAAUGUCAACGUCUCCCAUCUGCGCGAGAUCUUCAGCACAUAUGGAGAAAUUCAAGACCUGGAGAUGCCUAUGAAUAAGCACUUUAUGACGAAUCGAGGAAUCGCAUACGUCCUGUUCUCACAGCCGUCCUAUGCGGAAAGUGCCAUUGCCAACAUGCACGAGGCACAGCUGGAUGGCGCGUUGAUCUCUGUCAGCAUAGUCCUGCCACGUCGGAGAUUCAGCCGGAGUCCACCACCAAUGCGGCCUCCACCAAACAGAUUCGGAGAGCCACAUCGACAUCGCGAGGGUGGACCUCCUCAGAGACCACCGCCAGGAGGAGGAGGAUACGGACGACCACCUCCACCAGGGAGAGGCUCUCCAAGCUAUGGUGGUGGAGGACGGGGUGGGAGGAGAAUGAGUCCUGGACCAAGAUAUGGCGGACGAGGUGGUGGUGGAGGUUACAGAGAUCGAUAUGACGACCGGGACAGCUACAGACCGCGGGGAGAGUCAAGGAGCAGGAGUCCGCCAAGAAGAGGAGGGAGCCCACCAAGGAGAUCGAGAAGUCCAAGCUACAGUCGCAGUCCACCUCCACGACGGGAACAUGGUGGCAGGAGACGACGCAGCCCGAGUUACUCAAGCGACAGUCGAAGCCGGAGUCGUAGCCCGAGCAGAGAUCGUCGUGGUGGAAGGCGAUAG